AUGGCCAGAGAUGGGAAGAAGAUUUGGCUCGAAGUUGUGGGUUUUCAGCUCGUGGUGGUGGGUGGAGGGCGAGGCGAGUGCGGUGCGGGGGGGUGCGCGUGUGGGCGGCGCGUUCCCGAUCCCGCUGCGCACGCGCCGCAUCCGCUGCGAGCGCUCGAUGAUAUGCCGCCCGUACUAAGAUCAAAUCCUUUGUACACAGAGGAAGAGGAGCAAGAGGUAGUGAUAAUAGUGGAUUCUCUGGAGGUAGAUGUCGAAGAAGAAGCGCCAGCUGAAAACCGCUCGCCGCGUCGAGCACCUUCCAACUCUUCAGGUUACGGCAGUGGAGGGGGCAGUCACGGCCGGGUCUCACCAAGUUUACCAAAGAACGACAAGUAUGACGCGGAGCCGGCAAGAUUGUCGGACUCCGAUAAGAAUGGAUCUCAAAGCACUUCUGACUCAGAUGGGUCUCCGCCCUGUACUCUUUCUAGAAGUUUGAAGGAAGAUAUUCGGUCUUGUUUAGGAGAUUGCAGGUGGGAACGAGAUGUGGGUCAAGUGGUGGAAGCAGCCGUUCGUGGGGCGGGCGGAGUCAACGCAGCUAGGGCGCGUCUUCAUGCAGCUCUCCUUGCUCUCCAUGAUCCUCCGAGAGGACCACACCGGGGUCCAUCGCUGCCGUACUGCGGCCCUGGUGUAAGACCAGGGGAUGUUACCAUGAUGCCAAAGUCUACUGGCAUGUCGUUGCUGGCUGCCAGCGCCCUCUUCACGCUAGAUGGUACUAAGAGUGAGGAACUAUCAAGGCGCCUCGCUCGACGUCAAAAAAGGCGCAGACGCUGCCGAGCUGUUCUGGCGUUACUGGCGUUGUUGCUGCUCCUGGCAGCCGUUGCUGCUGUUGAGUUGCUCAUGUCGAGGGGACAAAGGGUCUUUGGAGCUGUUUUACGUUAA